GCUACGGUCAGCCGUUGUCAGUGUGUGUCCUUUCAUUCAAAAUGAGAAACAAUCAAGGUGUGAAGAUAUUUCUGUCUAUAUCGUAGUCGGUUACCAACGGAAGCCAAACGACAGGAAACGGAAAAUGCUUACGAUGGGACAGACUUCUCCUGCAACGUAUCAACAGGAGACACGGGCUGAUAUUCACCUGUCCAGCGGAGAAAGAGGAGUACGAGUCGAUCAACUUUCCUCUUCUUUUUAACGGAGCAUAUUACGGCGUCUACAGAAAAUACGAGCCGUUCCAUCAGAGGAAACUGGUUGAGGAGCAACGAACAAACCCCAAAGUUUCAUUAUCACUUUCAUUCUACGUUGAGGAGUACUGCCACGGGUCGCAACUUUGUGGAUUGUUCCAGAAGGUCACCUGGGACCAAAAAUACCUCACACCUGUAAUUUUGCUAUCGCGUGAAGGUCACCUACACGUGCAGUUCAAUCUUGAAGACGACUCCCAGUUGGCCCAUCUCACAUGGUGGAUCGUUCCAAAGAAAACGUGGUGUCACAUGGUUGUCAGCUUUCAGGCGAAUCGUUACAAGAUACGCCUCGAGGACGAAAACGGGAUCAACUACAAGAUGGACCAUACAUUACCUCAGGCAAUAAAAUUCAACCACGCUGAAGGGUUCGCUGCAUUUGGAGGAACUACGACAAUGCCCUCUAUGACUGGCUACAUCACAUACGGAAAAAUAUAUCUGAGAAGAGUAAUUAGGUGGGAUGAGCCAUCGCAGAAAGCGACCGAUGGGCGUAAACAUUUCAUGGCUGCUAGGGAGGAAUUGGAUAACAGCUGCAGGAGUGAUACGAAGGAGCUGUUAGCUCUCACACGAAAAUAUACAGCUCUGCUGGAUCGCUGGAAACAGAAACGUUCAUGCGCGAAAGGCUUUAUAAGUUAUAUCCACAGCACACGAGACCGGAGUAACAACCCUGUCUGCCGAUUGUACGCUGAUCUUAAGCACCACAAGCUCGACCGCCUACAUAGUGUUCUGAAGAGUCACGUGGCGACAUCUGGAUUCGUAGAUAGAUACAUUCUAGCCGGAAGGUUGCGGCAGAAUGUGUCGCAAGAUAUACAGGAGCGCGGCCUUGCUGCGCUACAAGACGCGUUUGCCUUGCUUAGAGCAGCGUCUUGCUGGAACGACACCGAAGCAGGAUACAUGCUGUACGCUCUCACCACGGCCGGUAUAGCCACGAAACGUAAUAUCAACAAGGCUAACCAGUAUCUAUAUCGGGGAGUCAUGCAAGGGGAUAGGUACUCACUGAUGGCUUUAGCCAACAAGUACUACUACUCCUUAGAUGGUUUCCCGACAGAUAUAGAGGUUGCAUUUGGUUACUUUUACUACGUGGCCUAUAUGUCUCAGGCAGAUCGAGACCUGCAUAGUUCUAGUCACGUGUCCGUGGAGCACAUUCGCUUGAUAGAUGAAGCCAUGCUAGCCGCACAGGUUGAUGAGGGAAGUGACUGGUACAUGUGGCUCAUCCACCAGGCUCAGCGAGGCGUCGUCAACGCAUCGCAAGAUUUGGCGCGCUUCUACUACUGGGGGACCAAUGGCCUGCGGCGGAACAUGCAGGCAGCGCUAGAGUACUACAAGAAAGCCGCACAGACCAAGGAUCCCGAGGCUCUCUACAACUACGGCAUACUGCACAUGAAGGGCCACGGCACCAAGAAAGACCUCGGCAAGGCAAUGGGUUACAUCGCCGAGUCCGCAGCGCACGGGAAUCCAGCAGCUCUGGCCACCAUAGGCUGGCACGCGCUAAUCAACGAGAAGAACAUGACGAAGGCGGCCGCCUACCUACAGAAGGCGACUAAGAUGGGAAACCCAGAGGCCGCUAAUAAUCUCGGCUAUAUGUAUGACGCAGGUCUGAUUCCUGGACAUCCCGCUAGCAAGGUUAUCGCCUACCACUACUAUCGUAUAUCAGCAGUAGGCGGUAACCUAGAUGCGGGAAUUAACACGCUGCCCUGCUACAUGUUGGGAAGUCCCGUGGAGGAGAGAAACCCUCAGCUGGCUGCUGACUGGGCGCGAUACGUGGCAGAGCAAACGCCAUCUAUCGGCGUGCAGCUUCGAACAGCUCUCGAUGCAUUCCGUAGCCACAACUGGGAAGCUUCUCUCAUAUACUACAUUCUGUUGGCUGAAAUGGGACUGGAGGUUGGAAACUUUAACUCGGCCUACCUUUGCGAACAACACCAGGAAGAUGUUGUGAGAGUUAUGACACGCGACUGUUCGAUAAGACAUUUCAAUCUCAGCAUUUCACGACCCCUCGAUCAGGUUAGCGCCUAUGCUUUAAUGAAAAUGGCUGAUUAUAACUGGUAUGGACAUAAAGGGAAGCGUAAUAUGACGGAAGCCAUUCGCCUCUAUUCGGAAGCAGCCAUGAAGGGCGAACCACAGGGAUACUAUAAUCUUGCCCAGAUGGUCGAAACAGGAACUAAUAUCAGCAAGGCUGCAUGGAAAUAUCUCAAUAUGCCGCUAGACGCGCAUGACCAACAUUACGCCGCGCUAAAAGAGCUCUACACUAGGUGUAGAGAUACAAAAACAGACGAAGCAUUCUUUGUGUGUUCACUAUCCCUUUACCGCGUGACUACGGCAGAAGUGUGGAAACAUUACAAGGUACCAGCUGUGACGACGCUCUGUAUCUUAGCCAGCCUGGUUAUAGUUGCUAACAUUUACCGACCACGAGGAAAUCCUUAUAUUUUACACAUGGUCGGACUAUUCUAAUGAUAUCCAUCUACGUCGAACUGACUUCUUCGAUAUCAUUGCUGGAUACAUGCAAAAUUGAACAACACCAGCUACAGCCACGUCAAAGCCAUCGCGAGUAAUUUGUGCGACAAUUGACAAAUAUAACGCCGCGUUGAAAAUACAGAGUUACGUCUGACACAAUCAGCAUUACCUGACGAUUAAAAAAAGUUGUACAUAAAUGCGUUUAGUCCGCUUUAUUGUAGCGAACACGUCAAGAUAGCAACGCAUGUUGUCAUCGCUCGCGCACUUUUUAUGCACAGUCUGCAGACGGAAAACUGCAGGUAAAAGUCAAAGGCCGUAUGUUUGGAAGAAUUCCGCGAUCAAUACGUAUUACAUUAUUCAUAACGUCUGUCAACGCGCACUAUACACCACGUUUUCGCGCGCAAAUCCAUAAAGCACUAGGCUGAAUAUGUGAAUCCUCCCCUCCCAUUGGAGACUAGUUCAUACUUAGCAACGGCAAGCACAAGCGCGGGAGUAUAAUGACUAUAGUGUAGUAACACGCUGAAUUAUGCAUCGUCGUCACAGGCAACACGGAGGCAUGCCUAUAGAUAUGUCAAUCUUGCCUGGUCUUAGUAAGCUGCACUGUUACCGAUCGAAAUCGUCCACCUAGAAUAAUCAAAGCAAAUCUUUCAAAUAUCAUCUAAUAAAUUUCAGUGUAUAUAUUACAUGCUA